GUUCUUCAAUAUCUCACAAGUUACAGCUUGACACAUCUGUAAACUGGCCGUGCGAACUUGAGAACUGAAAAGACACAGAUAGCUAACAGGGGAACAGAGACUCCCCCCUCUGGAGAACGAGUCCCUUCAGAUGGAGGAGGGAGGAAACCGCCACAGUGCCUCUGGAUCUCAGGUGGAAACCAAGGAAACAGAGGAUGUCGCAACUAAAAGAGCCCGAAAAAGAAAUGAGGAUCAAAGACCAGGUGAUCUCAGCAGGAAAGUUCAAGACAAGGAGAGGAAGAAAAAGAGAAAUGAAAGAAGAAGAAAAAAUAAAGCCUCAAACUUAAAAGGAGGUGCAGGUGUCAAAAGUGACAACACAGAGAAGGACAAGAUGGAGGCUGUGGAGACAACAAGCAGCCAAACACAGGAAGGUGCAUCUUUAGAAACACAACAUGUGGAGACCCAAACUGAAGUCAGUGAGAAGUCAGAAGAAGGUGGAACGCAACACCACAAAGAUGCUAAAAUGGACGACAGCACUGAAAAGACUCAACAUGGCCAAACUCAGCCACAAGACGACAGUAACGGGAAUCCGCUAGUGCAAGAUGACCAAAAAGCUUCAGUCCCGUCGGAAAACAAAGCUGCAGAGAAGAAGCAAAAACAAGAACAACACACGCCAGAUACCCAGCAGCAGGACGGCAGCUCUGCUGAAAAUAAUAAUCCAGAUAAAAAGUCAUCAGAGGAAGAUUUGAAGCAGGAAGAGAAACUUAAUGAAGAAUCUAAAUCUAAAGAGGAGAAUCCCUCUGCAGGGGUCUCAGGUGAUCCCACAGACUCACAAGUCAAACCGACGUCUUACGCCACAGCUGUGUCUGGAGAGGCGAAGAGUGAGAAACAAUCCACGAUGUCGGCCGCCAAAAUAGCAGAUAAAACUACAAAAGCUUCCGAAAGCAAACGUGAUCGAAGCCCAGUGAGACCUCCACCUUCUGUUCCCAUGUUCACCUUUCACAUCUACGCUGUUCUGGACAAGAGGUUUAGAUUUGACCAAGAACACGACAAGCUUGUGUUGUAUUGUGGAGAAGAAUAUUUCCACCUUGAUGUGACACAGUUUGUUGGCCAAAAGCAGGGAGGCUACCUGGUAGAAGCAAGUUUUUCCAUUGAAGACAGCUACUUGAAGAGAGGUGCCUGGAUUUCCUAUUGGUAUGGUGUAAAACAACGAAACAAAGAAAUAUCAGGAAGUGCCGAAAGGCGAUUUCUUAGUCCAUCGGAUUCCAACAUUAAAGAGUUGCACCUUUAUGAAGGCUUCAUUAGUCGUCAGGAAGGUGGUUCUGCGAUGCAAAGUAUUUUGCACAUGGUCGGCUUCAGGACACCAAAAGGUGUGGAGAUUUCAGACGCCUGGGAGGCCUCAGCGAGAACUCUGCUGAACAGAAUCUUCCAGAAAUGGUCCCCGUCCGACAAACAGAGCACUACAAGCCUGUGUGAGCACUUGUGGCACUAUAUGAAGAGUCUCGGUUCUGCGCACACAACUGCUCUAUACCCAGACCAUUCACGACCUCCCAUGGUCAAGGUAUCAGAGCUCAUUUCAGAGACUUUGAUUCAGAUAUUAAGAGGAGAGCCGAAGGAGAAAUUACCGAGUGGCUGCAGGGACACCAGUCCUCUUCUUCUGGGCUUGUCUGUUUUCGUGGUUACCAAUAACUGUAAGAUCAACCUUGGAGUGAGAGGCUGGGCUGAGCUUUGUCGCCUGGUGUCCUCAGAGACUGCAAUGGACGAAAAAAACCUGGAGGGGUUGCGCAGUCAUUUCCAAAGUCUACCAUUCAUUGUUUUGGGUUUGAUGAACGUCUGUGCGCAGCAUACGGUGUUUGAGCUCGUCCUGCUCGUUCCUCUGCUGUUCAGACUCAGACAGCCAGGAGCCGACGCAACAAAAGUGGGUCCAACUGUUGAAGAAGAGAACUGGUCAGGACUUCAGCAUGUCCACUUCAGCAGGUUCAGAGAGAACAUACAGUGCCACCCUGAAAAAAGACAGAGAAUGAUGAGUUUGAUCAAGACACUCUUACCUAUGGCUAAAGAGAUGCCUCUGCUUCUGAUGGGCUGGUUAUCUCUGGUCGCGUUUGAGGAUCUUCCUGAAUUCUCAGACCUGACAGGGAUCCAUGCAGAGCACCUAAUCCAGAGUCUGUUGUACAGGCUCCGAAAAUGUGGAGAGCUGCGGGAUAACAACAGAGUACAGGAGAGUGUAAAGCAUACUCACAAAACACUGACCCAUAUACUGCUGAAGGUGGACAAAGAGAAGGACAGAAUGAUUGAAUGUGGAAAUAUGAAGCAAGUCUUCACGAGCAGCAUCAAUGUGGCGAAGGCCACGUGCACAAUUGCACGACUCGUGCAGUGUUACGAGGCUGCGGUCCUGUCCUACCAGCUAGUGUUGAGGAUGGCAGAGAUUUCAGAUGUUGCACUGAGAAAAGAGUCCUCAGAUGAUGGGUUUGACGCCUUAAAGCAGCAGUUGUUGCAGAGGCUACAUGCUGUGCAGCAGGGAAUCAGUGAAUGGAGAGAUGAACUGCUGCAAAGACCCCUUCUGGCAGCAUCGAAAUCACUCACAUAUCCAAAGGAAAUUGAGAUGUGGGACGCGCUGCUAAAGGUCAAAUGCUCUAUUGAAGAAGUUUCCUCUCAGUGGCAGCAGAGCCUGAAAAAAGACCUGAAGAAGAGGAUAUCCAAGGCCGAUGAUGAUGAUAAAGUACUGGUCUGCUGCAUUGAGUCAUCCUCGGCAGCCAUAAAGAAAAGCCACAAGGAUGUUCAGACCUGUUUCAACGAGCUGCGUCAGUCUGCUAUCAAGACAAUCUGCCAGAGGGGGAAGGAAGGGGACCUGAUGCGGACUCUGACCUCUAAAGUGAAGGAUCUCCCUGAUGUCGUCGUGUCCGCUGUUGUUGUCGCGUCAGCAGCUCGAUUCGGUGACAACACUGUAAUCCAGCUGCUUGAUCCACAAUCUGCCAUCAACCACCUACUGUCUCAUGGAGACUGGAAGUCAAUCCAGGUGGACGAUGCUGCAGCGGAGGUCGUCAACAGAUGUGUGACUGCGCUGAAAUCUCUGGUGGCGUCUCUGCUUCAAGGAGACGUUCCCCUGGGACACCUGCAGACCUGCCUGAAACAUAGAGACCAGUUUAAGAGACUUUAUCAGCAGUACAAGAAAAACAACAAAUCUGAGUCCGUUCCUGUCGAUGCGGAGGCUGUCCUGGCUCAGAGAGAGAAGGAUUCAAACUCUUUCAUGCAGCGGAAACAACAGAUGGACACACUGAUAAAGAUGAUAGCAAAGGUUACAGAAAGCAUCACAGUUCCUGAGAUGUCAAUCCUCGAGCAGCAGCACAGUGCAGACCUGCAGACUGUGAGCCUGAACAAACUGGUGCUCGUUCAGUCCUUUGAUAAUGAUGGGAAGUUGAGGAAGUCAGGUCCUCCCCAGGUCCUCUGGUAUAACACCAGUAUGAAUGUCUUGAAAAUGGCCAGUGAGAUGCACAAGCUGCAGCACAGCAACCUGAUUCUGUCCUCCUGGGUCAAGAGGACUGGAGAUUUGGCAUCAGCGAGGCAACCCUGCUCAUCUCCUGUUCCUGUAACCCUACCAUACAUCUGCAACAACAUCUGGGAUCCACUGCUGGCAGAGUUCUCUCAUAUUGGUGUCAGCAUUGCAAAUGCAGAAAUCACUUUCAGGCAGCUCGAUCAGGUUGUGUUGGAGUCGGGUGACCAGGGAGAUGGGAACCUGAUGAAGAGGGAGUUGAGUCUGAUGUCAGAGAUGUUGGGAGGGUUCAGACCUGAGGAGAACUGGGUCGAGCUGAGACUUGCUCAGAUCCGGGAGUAUCGACAGCUCCACGAGGCAGCGGCUGCAGCCAGCGCCAUGCUGAAGAUCGCUGAAAAGAUGGAGCUCUCUGGGAACUUCACAGAAAUUGACACUCUCAGCCAAGUGGAAGAAGAAAGAUUCAAGCAGAGGAACCUGGGGUCCCUUACUGAAGACCUGUUACAUGCCAAACAACAACUCUCCACAGUCACCAAGCAAAACACUUCCUGUCUAGAAGAGUUUCUAGUGAGCCAAACUCUCGUCAACUGGGUCAAAGAGAACCUUAAAAAUAUGAGUGAUGUGAAGGUCUAUGUUGACCUGGCUUCUAUAUCUGCUGGAGAGAACGACACAGAGAUCGACCAAGUGGCGUGUUUCCAUGAUGCAGUGAUGGGUUACGCCCCCCUGCUCUACUCGCUCUCCCCUCAAGCCGGAUUUAAGGAGUUCAUGAAAUGUGCCGGUCAGGUGUGGGAGACCCAAAAUAGAGAUGAGAAGCUACCGGAAAAAUUGAAAGAGUCUAGUCGAUUGCUGAACUGGCUGAAAGGACUGAAGGAGACCCACGGCUCUGUGGAGCAGUCCUCUCUCUCCCUGGCUUCAUCCAUUAAUGAUUAUGGAGUUUAUCACAUCGGAUGGUCCGAUGAAAACACAGAGAAGAGAUGUCUAGAAAACAUGGUGAAGGUGACAGUGAGACGGGGCAGAGAGGACAAGAGCUACAGACUUGAAGACCUGCUGGAGCUUCAGAACAAACUUAUGCUCAUGUCGUCCAAAGGGGAGCACGGCAGAGAACAAGUCAACAGGUUCACAGAGGUUUUCGAAGGAGUUCAGAGACUCGGCACUAUCCUUCUUCAGAUGCAAACAUCUGGUAACAUUCUCUUCAGGGAAUGGCAUGCUCAGGUCCAGUGCUGCCCAGAACUGCAACCGUGCAUCACAGUCACCUUCUGUCACCUGACCUCCCUGAUGGGUCACGAGAUGGUGUACAAUGGCAAGGUGAUGGAGCAGCUACAAAAGCUUGCUCACUCCAUGGACGAAUGUCAGAAAAAGUGGCGCUCCUUCAUCAGUGAAAUGCGCUCCAACUUCAACUUGCUGAACCACUACACCUCAGAGCAGAUGGUGUACCUGUGCCACUGGAUACACAAAGUGUGUCAAUGGCAGGCCUCAGUUCCUCAACAGUUAUGGCAUUUACUGUUUCCAAUAAAGCCCCAGUGCACUCUAGCCGAUAUCAGAGCCGCAUACACUAAUGCAGCAAGUAUAACUUCAAAGGACGAUGAAUUGGAAGAUGCUGAGUUUGAUGACGAAGAUCAGUAUAACGAACCUUCUGUGGACAUAAUCCCAGCUUCACGAGGACACAGUCAAGAGGACAUGAAAGAGGCUGAGAAUUUGAUUGAAUUUUCCUCAGAAGAUGAAGAAGAUGAAGCAGAGGGCUUAAGGAGGCACGAGGAGGACAGUCUUGAAAGCCUCUGGAAACGAUUCAUGGAGGACAUGCCACAGUACCUCACCGAGUACUUGGACAUCUCAACUCUGGCCCACUUCCUCUCGUGCCUUGCAGACAUGAACCAGCAACAUACGAUCAGGAACUUUCCAUCGAUUCUGCAGGAGGGAAAACCCAAUCUUGUGCUUUGUCCCAGUGCAGAAGUUUUCACGACCACCUUGUCGUUUUACAUGCAAAGUUCAAAGCAGCCUCUGCCAUCUGCUGAUGAGGUUCUAGUCUGCAGAGAGGAAACAUCAGAGGAGGAGGUGGAGAUCUUUCUCCGUCGAGUUCUCGGUCAAGGCUCUAGACAAAACUGGCAGAAGAUAUAUUCUCUUGUCAAUGCAGGGCUGCUUGGAUACGAUGUCAGUGUGGCGUUGGGAGAGCUCUUUGAGAGCCUUGAGAGAAGUGCCAACCCACAUUACCGUUUGGUAAUAGUCAGUCCGGUUGAGCACCAGCACAGAUAUGUGCCCUCUUUCUUCAGCAAUGACAAAGCACAGGCUGGUGUGAGUCUAACAGCAGAAACUGCCAGGAAAUAUCUACACCAACACUUCGCACAAAACCCGCACCCACAAAACCCUGUUGCAGUGGUUUCUCCACAUCAGCUUUCAGUGUGGAUGGUGUCAUCUGUACGCCCUGCAGUGGGGAAAUCCCUUUAUGUUGAUCGUUUGUUUGAGAAGUUCCAGCAGAGGUCUCCCAGUGCAAAACACAUAAGGAUCAGACUGAUUGAGCCAAGCGUUGAUAUUGACUCUUUGAUAAAGAGUCUAUCAAACAGACUGGCAUCCUUGAGAGAACAGGACCCUGUUCUCCUGCACAUUGACACCGCUGGAGUUCGUUCAGGUCUGGAGGAGCUGCUGUUCCACUUGUUGGUCCUGGGCUGUUUGAGCGACAGUCAUGGUUUUCUGUGGAGAAGAAAUGUAGCUCAUUUGAUAACAGUUGAGGUCCUGAGAACGUGCACAUCCCCUCAAAACCAGCCAAAGCAGACAAAGCUUGGACUUCUUGACAUUCUACCUACCAUCCAUUGUAAACCUCCAAGAGAGGUGCUGGCCAGUGGACAGCUGUUGACAAAACAGAUCAUUGAUCCACUCAUAGAUGAGCAGGAGUUUUGCAGUGAGGGGAUUCAAAGACCUUAUCAGUACUUAAAGCGCUACAGGAACAACCAGAAUCUGGAUCGUUUUAACUAUCAGGAAGGAUACCUGAUGGGGAAUCACACUGAUUGUCUCAAUCACUUUCUGCUAUAUUGUGGAAUGCAAGAUCCAUCUUGGGCGGAGCUGAAGAACUUCUCCUGGUUCCUCAAUGUGCAGUUGAAAGACUGUGAGAACUCAAUUUUCUGUGAUCCAGAAUUUCUGGCUGACCAGCUGCCUGGCUUCAAGGGCUUCAUUGUGAAGUUCAUGAUUCUGAUGGCAAGAGAUUUUGCAUCGCCAUCUCUGAACACAUCAGAUGAAAGUUCCAUGCUGCACAUUGAUAACAGUCUGGAGGAUGACCUACUUGCCCGUCUGACAAUUCGUAAGCACUGGGAAAAUGAGUCUCAUCCAUACAUUUUCUUCAAUGCGGAUCGGUUCUCAAUGUCUUUCCUUGGCUUCAACGUGAAGAGAGGUGGGAGGCGAAACACACUCAAUGCAGUUGAUCCUCACAGCCCUCGGAUCCUGAUAGAAGAUGUGAUGUCACAAGAACUUUUUCAAGGUUUGGAACGGAACAGGAUCUCUCUCAUUGAGGACUUUGAUCAGUUGGAACGGCCAGACAAAAUCAAAAGGAUAUCCUGCGUUGUUGGUGCAAAGAAAGGAAUCAUGGACAGAAAUUUUGAUCCAGACCCAACAUAUGAGCUCACUGCUGACAAUGUGAUGAAGAUGUUGGCCAUACACAUGAGGUUCCGGUGUGGAAUUCCAGUUGUCAUCAUGGGAGAGACUGGCUGUGGAAAAACACGAUUGGUCCGUUUCCUUUGUGAUCUGCAGAGGGACGAAAGACCAAUAGAGAACAUGGUACUUGUCAAGGUUCACGGUGGAACUACAGCAGAGAUGAUCUACAGAAAGGUGAGGGAGGCAGAGAUGCUCGCUGGGAGGAAUCGUACAAUGCACAAACUAGACACCAUUUUGUUCUUUGAUGAGGCCAACACCACAGAAGCCAUUUUUGCCAUCAAGGAAGUCCUGUGUGACCGAUCAGUGAAAGGGAAUCCUCUGAAGGCAGACAGUGGCUUGAAAAUAAUAGCUGCUUGCAAUCCUUACAGGAAGCACUCACCUGAGAUGGUGGAACGUUUGGAACGUGCGGGAUUAGGCUACAGAGUGAAGGCAGAUGAAACAGCAGACCGCCUUGGCAAAGUCCCUCUGAGGCAGCUGGUGUACAGAGUUCAUCCUCUGCCUCCAAGCAUGGCUUCCUUGGUGUGGGACUUUGGUCAGUUGAGUGAUUCAACUGAACUUUCCUACAUCAAACAGAUUGUCCAGAAGAAAAUUGGUGUCCAUCGUUUGCCAGUGACCUGCGAGAGCAUAAUUUCAAAUGUUCUGGCAGCCUCCCAGAGAUACAUGCGGACUCGAAAAGACGAGUGCAGUUUUGUUAGUCUCAGAGAUGUGGAGAGGUCUAUGAAAGUGCUAGUUUGGUUUUACCAGCAUAGCAAGGUCCUUUUCAACAACUGCUCUCAUCACAAUGAGUUUGAGAAAACACUGAAGUGCUUGAUUCUUGCAGUUGGAGUCUGCUACUACCCAUCUCUGGUGGCCAAAGAGGAGUACCUCUCUGAAAUUUGUAGGUUCUUUCCAGACCCAUUCGACUCUUCACAAGCAUUGCAGAAAGAGAUUUCAUCAUGUCAAGACUUCUUCCUUAAGAACAUACAGACAAGGGAGACCAUCGCAAAAAAUGUUGCCCUUAAAGAGAACGUGUUUCUUAUGGUGGUGUGCAUUGAGCUCAGGAUCCCACUCUUUCUGGUUGGCAAGCCAGGCAGUUCCAAGUCACUGGCUAAAACAGUGGUUGCUGAUGCCAUGCAGGGCCAGAACUCCCACUGUGAACUCUUCAAGGAACUCAAGCAAGUUCAUAUGGUCUCCUUCCAGUGCAGUCCUCACUCAAGUCCCGAGGGCAUCAUAGGGACAUUCAGGAACUGUGCCCGGUUUCAGAAGGACAAAAACAUGGACGAGUAUGUAUCAGUGGUGGUGCUUGAUGAGAUAGGACUAGCAGAAGAUUCUCCUCAGAUGCCCCUGAAGACUCUGCAUCCUCUCUUGGAGGAUGGUUGCAUUGACAAUGACAAGCCAGAUCCACACAUGAAGGUUGGCUUUGUUGGCAUCUCCAACUGGGCUCUUGACCCAGCGAAGAUGAACAGAGGAAUAUUUGUGUCCAGAUGGGAUCCAAGUGAGGAUGAACUUGUGGAAACUGCCAAGGGAAUUUGUUCAUCCUCCAACCAAAUUCUCCUGAAAAUCAAACACCUCUUCCCAUCUUUGGCGAAGGCCUUCUUGAGUAUCUGUGAUGAGACCUCAAAGAAUCAGUUCUUUGGUCUAAGGGAUUAUUACAGUUUAGUCAAAAUGAUUUUUGCCACGGUGAAAUCCUCACAGCAAGAGCCGGAUGAUGGACAGUUGGUAGAAGCCAUUUUGCGUAACUUCAGUGGACAGCCAGAGGGUUUUGACCCAGUCAUAUUUUUCCAAGAAGUUUGCCAAAACCUUGGGGAAAUCCCCAGACCAAGCACCUUGCAAAUGGUGAAAAAGAAUCUUGAUCAUGACACCAACCAGGAGAGCCGUUACCUCCUUUUGCUGACCACUAACAAUGCAGCUCUCCACAUCGUUCAGCAACAAAUCUUUGCCAAAGGAGACUAUCCACCCCCGGAAAUAGUCUUUGGUUCGGGAUUCCCAAAGGACCAGGAAUAUGCCCAAAUCUGCCGCAAUGUGAACCGGGUGAAAACGUGCAUGGAGACUGGGCGUACUGUCAUCCUCCUCAACAUGCAAAAUCUUUAUGAAAGCCUCUAUGACGCCUUGAACCAGUACUAUGUUUACCUCAGUAAGCAGCAAUACGUUGAUCUCGGUCUUGGCUCACACAGAGUCAAAUGUCGUGUCCAUACAAACUUCAGACUGGUGGUAGUGGAGGACCAGAAGAAGGUCUAUGAACACUUUCCGGUGCCCCUCAUCAACAGGCUUGAAAAACACAGGGUAGAUCGGAGCACAGACCUGGAACCAUGGCAACACAGGGUUCUCCACAAACUGAAGGAGUGGGUGAAGGAAUUCUUGGGUGAGGUCUCAAAGGAUUUCAAGCUGUCUGACAUUUUUGUGGGCUUUCAUGGUGAUGCCUGUGCAUGUGCUCUCUUGCAAGCACUAGAAAAGAGAGUGCAAGAAGUCGAAGACAGUGCUGUAAGACAGCAUCAACAGGAUGAAAAAGAUGAACCAAAGGGAAAACUUGAGUCAAAUUCUAACGAACAUGAAGAGGUAACUGUUAAGGAAGAUGACCAGCAGGGUGAUGCAAUGGACGUAGAGAUAGCUGGAAAAGAGCAAGAAAUUGUGUCAAUGGAAAAGAUUGAUGACGAAUCCACCGAGGUAUGUGAUGACGAGAACAAAGUGAUGUCUGAGGGCGAAGAAGAGAUGGAGACAGAAAUCGAUGUUGGGUCAGCUGGGGAAAAUGAGGAAAAACAAGUCUUUGAAUUAGCCAAAGUUCUCUUGUUGAACUGUGCCACCCCGGACGCUGUGGUGAGGCUGAAGUAUUCAGAAUUAGCAAACCAGGAGAAGGAGAAACUCCAAAGAUUGUACUUUGAGCAACAGCAUCACCACUCGCUCCGGGAUUUCCUGGAAGAUUGCCGGCACAAGCAACAGGACUCCAGCAAGUUUCUAGAGAUCACUACAUUCUCCAGCUUGUUGACCAGAUCAGAUGUCAAACUAAUAGCUCAUGCUCUGGGACUUCACACGGACAAGAUCCUCCUGCUUUCGCUCCACCAGUUUGACACUGAGGUCUCCUUCUGCAGCAAGAUACGGGGCUUCCUUCAAGAUGCUGGCCACUCUCUUCACAUUCUGUUAAUCCAGAUGGACCUUGAGGAAUCCCAGUGCAGUGAUGAGCUCAUAGCAUCAGCAAAAUACUGCACCAUGAAUUACCUGAUGUCACGUGAUGAACAGACGUGUUGGGUGAUUUUCAUUGUGAAGGUUUCCAGGAUCCCAAGUCAGUCACAGUACAUUGGUUUCCAAGGAGGAGUCUGGAACUCGGUGCAUAUUGACGACCUGAGAGACUCAGAGGACAUGAGCCUGAAUUUGUUGGUUUUCUGUGGAACUCUCAUCAGCAACCUACUCAACCCUGCACUGUCAGAAAACCACAAAGACAGAGAAACAGCGGGGGAAAGAGAAGACUCUGAAGUAGACAGAAAUGUGAGUUUGAAGGCAGACAGAGCCCACCUCCAAAGCCCAUCUUUAGUGAGGUCAUGCAUCCAAAAAGCAGUGGGUUUGCUGAGGGACCCUGACGACAUGACAUCACGAAGCAUGCAGCGGAUGCAAAUCCUCCUGACUCUUCUGGGAACUAGUCAAAAUCGUCUAGGAGCUCACUUUCAGAAGGUGUUGUUGAGUAGACUGGCCGAGGCUUUGGCACAGAGAGAAGAGAUGAUGGGCUCUCCUAAGGAGUGGGUGAGCAUAGAAGCCAAGAAACGCCAGGCUCUACAAGAGGGGGGAACUCUGAGACACACCCUGUGGCGCUGUCUUCAGUCCACUGUGACUCCGAUCUUGGUCAGCAUGUUGGAAGUUAUGGACAGGUAUGCCAAUCUGGACCAGCUCUCUGAUGACAGGCUCAGCCAGGGCCUGAUUACUCUGUGGUUGGACAUCCUGGCAGAUUCACAGAUUUUACCACUAACACCUCCCCAAAACCAAAGUGGGUCAGAUCAGGAGGUGCUUGUGCAGCACUACUUCAUGUUGGACGAUGAAGAACAAGCCAGUGCAGCUCCAUUCAGCUGGCUCAUCAAAAUGCACCUUGAAAGUGUGUGGGAAGAAUCUGAAUUUAUGCCAGUAACGAAAGACGGAAGCACAGAGAGGAUUCUCCAGUUUGUGAGCGCCUUCAACAACAGCAGGCUGGACAGCCACUUGCAGAGACUCUCAGACGGAGAGCGAUUGGAGUAUGGCCACCACUAUCUCCAAGACUUUCUGCUGCUUUCUUUCAAGAUCAAGUCAAAGGAUGAACUAAGGGUGCUCACCAAGGCCAUGCUGGGCUGCGUGUCUGAGCUUCAGAGGUCCAUGGGCGCAGACCCUGAUCUCUCUCCUGCUUGGAUAAUGGCUGCUGCCAAACAUUUUGCACCCAGACUGGACACUCUCUGCCACAUAUUUCUGCUGCAGCCCCAGCUGGCUGCUGAUGUCUUUCGGCAGGGGUCAAAGAGGGAGCCCCUGGAAAUGGUGGAGGACAUUUUAGCUCUUGGUAUCUGUGUCGAGGAGACCAAACUCCUGACUGUGACUUCCCUGCGAGAGUGUGAGUCAUUUGUGAGCAGAGUGGAGUUUCUGCAGCCGUGUCUUGACAGAGCGUUUGGUCAGAAAUACAGAGCUCUGUGUAGCACUGGCUGUCUGCAACAUCUGGACUCCAUCAGGUCACUGUGGCAUGGGAUGCUAGUCGUUGCAUCUUUCAUUCAGCACAUCAUUUUUAAAGUUGAAGAGAAUGACUCUAAAAUGAGAGAUCUGGCUUUGCAACACUGCAACCUUCACCUGAACCUGAUGCAGGAGUCGCCUGAUGUACGGAGCGUGGACACACUGCAGAAGCUGAUCCGCAUCCUGAAUUCUUACCACAAGGAGUGUAUCAGCAGAGAGCUUAGGUUUGGCCUUUCUUGCCCAGUUUGCCUGUUGGAGCUCACACAGCCGUCCGUCCUCCCCUGCCAGCACAUCCUCUGUCUGCCGUGUCUGCAGGGCUGCAUUCAGAGGCAUUUGUGUCCCACAUGCAGGGCAGACCUGCCACAAAACUUUAAGCCGUCUGUUUCUCAAACCAUUGAGGCAGCUCUUCAGCAGCAAGCGGACGUCAGGAGCUGUUGUAACUCCUUCUUCCUGGAGGUGGUGUCCAGGUUCUGUCUGUUAGAGGGGCAAAGACCAAAAGAGGAAUUGGUGGAGCUGCUCUUCUCCCUACUGGUCUCUGCUAAUGGAGAUGUGUACAGGACCAGAGAGCUCACUCCGUUCCUGGAGUGUGUUGACAACAGUCCGGUGGUUCGAUCUGUGCUGCCAAAACUCCUGCUGCAAUACAGUUUUGAGCAGGCAAAGGCUCACAUUCAGAACUACCUCAAGAAUCUGAAGGAGAACCUUCUAGAUAAAGAAGACCACACUGAACUCUACCUGCUGUUUGUCAACUGUUUCCAGGACUCUCUGUUGUGCUCCGAAGCGAGAGAAGGGGAGCAGACUAGAGAGGAGCAGCGGCAGGCAGAAAUCGGAUUCCUGAGCAGGAUCGCCAGGAAACAGACUCCAGACAGACAAGUAGACCCAGCAGAGUUCCUGCUCAACACAGCCAGGCUGAGGAUAUGUCUGACCACGGCUGCACGGCUGCUGGAGAGAGCUGCUCAGGGAAAUACUGGCAGACACGGAGAGGUGGAGGCUGAUCAGUACCUGCAGCAGGUGAGGGCGGUGUGUGAGUACUCUGGUAACGACUGGUACAGGGUGUACCUGCUGCGAGCCCUCCACAGAGUCUCCGGUGUGGACUGCAUACUGUCCCUGAUGAACAUCCCCACCUGGAGAUGGGUCUUCCCAGCAGACCUCCUUCGACUGCAGAGGAUGACUCCGACCAAGAUGGACCAGUUCCUCUGCUGUGGGACGUCUUACCGAGCUCUGAGAGACGCCAUGGUCCAGUUUCUGCUGGAAAAAAAGAACAACCUCUUGACAGAAGUGCAGAAGCUGAACGGUUCUCAGAUCAGCCUCCUGGCUCUGGCCCUGUUCAGACAGAUCACCUGCCGCUACAAAUCACCUGAUGUCAACGUACAUCCCUCCCGACAGGAGAAGGAAAUGCUGGCAGGGUUCCUGAAAAACAUCAAAGUAAAGGAGUUCAGAGAGUUCUGCACGUCACUCCUGUCAAAUCAGAUUGGCGGGCCGCGCUCAAGUCUUUACGUGGAUCCGGGUCUGACUCCUCAGAGACAAACCCUCCUGGAGCUGCUGGUCCAUCUGAAGUCUGUGCUCCUCAGUGGAAAUACUCUACUGCUUCCUCUCCACCAGAUAGCCUUCCAGCCUCAAAAUGUGACACACUACUUCCUGCCAACCAUGCCUGAUGAUCACACAAAUGAAGCCAGACAGUGGCUGUCUGGAGAGAGGAGAUUACACCAGUACUACUGUGUCAACGGACAUCCCAUCUUUGUGGGAGAGUGUGGUAGACCAGUGGUCAAAUCAAGAUGUCCGGACUGUGGAGCUCCAAUUGGUGGGGAAAACCACAGACCGGUUGCUGGCUUUACUUCACAAAGAGUCCAGAGAGAUCAAACCUGGACGGGUCACAUAUUGGGAGAUGCUCGUCAGAGGUCUGAAGCCCCCGAAAGACAGAUGACGUUUGUUCAGUCCUGCGUCCUGCGGCUGCUUACACACCUGGCCAUGCUUCAAGGCGCCAUCGGAAACGACAGAGGAGUCAGUGACAUGAUCCACCCCAGGCCGUCUGAUGUUUUCAACUUCCUGUGGAAACACCUUGAAGAGGACAUGAAAGUUUUAGGGAAGACGCUGGAUCAGAACAUGGACGACACAGCAGUUACAGUUCAUUUGAUUCUCAACACCUGCACAGAAUUCAUUACAGUUUCACGCGGCGCCGGAGCUGAUCUGUCCUCCAGUCAAGGAAGGAAACAGUGGGAGAAGCUCGUCUGUGAUUCUUCCAUCAAUCCGAUAGUUCGAAGACACAAAGACAUUUUGGCCGAAGCUCAGGACAGAAUCGCUGCUGAUGAUGGACUUGCCGGAAGCCCCCUGAUGACUCUCGUCUUCAGGGAUCCUGCACCCAUGUUGUCGCUCCCCUCUGACUGCCCGACGCAUCGCUCCUCCUUCUGGACUCUUCCCGAGAUAAUGACGGUGGAGCGCUUCUCUCAGUUGGUGGGAGAAGCACAGGAAAACAGCUCUUUGUCCCUGCUGGACUUGUUUCUCAAAAAGAUUCACUGUGUGAGGCAGUUACAUCACCUGCCGGAGCUGGCGGCUCUACAGUCAGACCUGCUGAGGGUGUUUCCUCUGGCGUCAGACUCCACAUCUCAGACCAUUGCACAGAUGUUACAGCGGAUACCAGCGGGAUAUCAGAAGAAGAUGCUGGUUGAGAGAGUGGAGACAUUCAUCAAGGUGUGGAACUGCCUCAGAGCAGAGGUGGCAAACAACUCAGCAGAUUUGGGUGAGAGAGAGGUGACAACCGAGAGCACCGGGGAGUUUCUGAUACCCUGCCGACGCGGACCGGGGUCGUGUCUCCGAACUUUGGUGGACUUCCUGUCGGAGACUCACAACAGCCUGGUGAAAGAGGCGGGGAAAGUGAGCCUCCAGGAGGACAGUGAGUACAGUGUUCCUUUGGAGAGGAUAUCAGAAACCCAGCUGACUCAGUGCCACCCAGAAAGAGAGCUGCUACCUCUGGUUUUAGCCCACUGCCACUACACCUUGAAGAAAGGCGGGGAGACCGAAGGGACCUACGAUCUUCCAGGAAUCCAAACCCAAUUUGCCCGUCGAUUCCUGGCUGGAAAACCACUUAUCCAAGCGGACACCUCGAGGUACUUGAACAGACAUCUUAAGGAUUUCUCUGUGGUUCUAAAUGAGGUCAGAGGAAAGAUUCAUCAGGAACCGCUGAAGGGUUCGGUGACCAGUACCAUGAGGACAGUGCUGCGUUCAUACACGGACGUUUGUGACGCCGUGCAUGUGGUGGAGAUCGGCCUACGCUUCAUUGGCAAGACAGGCGGGGAUCCUCAAGGUCAACUCUUGUCCUACCUCACUAAUUCUCUGCAGAUGGGCCCGCAGAUUUCCAGCACUGUAGCCAAGGGUCUUGCAGAGAGCAAACUGGAACACAGUAUAUCCACCUGGCAGCUCCUUACUUGUUGGAAAUCUGAGCUUAUGCUGACAAGACAGCAAGACCCGUUUCAGAGACUGCCCUCGGAGUUCCAGCAGAAGCUGUCAGAGGAAGAAAAGAAAGGGCUGAAGGUCUUCCUCAGUGCCACAGAUGUUGACACUUUCUCUUUGGAGCUGCAUGAAAUUCUGCUGCUGAAGACGAGCAACUCCGUGCUAGAAGACCGUUACCAACCUCAGUGGGACAUCAGGUCCACCGUAGAGAUCCAUUUGGACCAGAAAAACCUUCCACCUCUGCUGGAGCUCGAGUCUCUAUCAGAGGAGAUCACACUGGAGAAGGGAGCUGACGUGUGGAAGGUGGCUGUGGAGUUUAAAAGAAGAUAAAUUUGUGCAGAGAGCUGAUUUAUAUCUGAUAUUUUUUUCUUUUAUGUAACUUUGUGUUAUUAUUGGUGUUUCUAUUUGGAUAUCUUGAUCAUGAUUGACUGUCUCUAAUUAAUCAUUCCAUAUUUUACGACAUGUUCUGAUUAAAUGUGAUGUAAAUACUGUAAAUGUUUAAAGAAAGAGCUCUAACUGAGAAAGAAAAUGAUUGGCUUGUGAAAUAAAUAAAUCUGAAGCGGGCCUGUAUUAUACAAUCAGAAAUGGAUGUGACAGGGAACAAUUAAUAAAUCAACUAUGAAUGAACUGGAACUAUUUUUGUCCCCCUUGUGGAAGCAUUUUCCAACACUUAUAAAUCAAAUUCAUCACAUAAGGCUCCAGUAGAGUUUGUGCUGUAUUUUAGUGCAUCCAGGUAGGAUUUUAAGUAGAACAUGAAGACAAUAAGGUUGCAUUUCUGUUUUGAAAAUUUGCUGUUGUGUAUUUUGAAUUUUACUAACAAAUUUUCUUGACACUUCAUCAGCAAAAAUGCCCACUUUGUGUUAUUAUUGAUGUUUCUAUUUGGAUAUCUGGAUUAUGAUUGACUGUCUAUGAUUAAUCAUUCCAUUUUUUAUAGGACAUGUUCUGAUUAAAUGUGCCUUUCUGUGAUGUAAACACUGUAAAUGUUUAAAUUAUGACUUGCCUUACAGUAUCUAUUAGAGCUCUAACUGAGAGAGAAAAUUAUGAAGGAGGCUUAUUUUAUACAAUCAGAAAUGGAUCUGUCAAGGAACGAUUAAUAAAUCAACUGUGAAUGAACUGGAA